AUGGCUCUCUCUGGCAAGGUUGGUCUCAUUACUGGCGGUGUCAAGAAUCUUGGAGCACAAACCGCCCUCGAGCUGGCCAGCGUUGGCGCUAAUCUUGCCCUUCACUAUCACUCAAAAGGCGGUGAGAAGGAUGCAGUCGCGCUGGAGGCCGCCCUCAAGAAGAAGAUUCCUUCAAUCAAGGUUUCUUUCUAUCAGGGUGACCUGACUUCUGCUGAUGCGGUGACGAAGCUAUUCCAAGAGGUGCUUCGCGACUUUGGUCAUAUCGAUAUUGUCGUCAACACGGUUGGAAAGGUGCUUAAGAAGCCAAUCACAGAGAUCAGCGAAGAGGAAUAUGAUGCGAUGUUUGCUGUGAACUCCAAGACAGCAUUUUUUGUUCUCAAGGAAGCUGCUGCCCAUGUCACGGAUGGCGGAAAGAUUAUCACUAUUGUGACUGCCCUCCUUGCCGCAUUCACUGGCUACUAUACUUCUUACGCUGGCAGUAAAGCUCCAGUCGAGCAUUUUACCCGGGGAGUUUGCAAAGAACUCCAGUCUCGCAGAGUCAGUGUCAACAAUGUCGCGCCUGGACCAAUGGAUACACCGUUMUUCUAUCCUCAGGAGUCACCCGAAGCUGUCGAAUUCCACAAAUCCAGCGGCAUGGGUGGCCGUCUGACUAUGGUCGAGGACAUCGCUCCUAUCAUUCGCUUCCUGUGCACUGAAGGUGCUUGGAUCACUGGACAGACGAUCUUUGCCAACGGUGGAUACACUACUCGUUAA